CAAACCAUUGCACUUUACAAACUCAAUCCGUACUUAUAUAUUAAUCCCACAAUCUCUUAUACAAAUCAAGUCAUUUUAUCCACCAAAAAAACAAACAAAAACAUCCUUAAAAAGCCAUGACCAAGUUACGGACGUUCCUUUCCUUUCUUGUUUUGCUUCUUGUUCCCCUUUCAAUUGUUGGCCAAGAUAUUUCCGAUACACUUGAGAUUUUCGCCAAGCUCCAUGACAUGGACAUGGGAGAUGAAGAAGGACAAGACGACUCGUUGGAGGUCAUAGAUCUCCCAUCUUGGCAUAGUCACCAUAGCAACAAAAAUCUUAUAAAUGUGGAGGGAUUUGGUGCUGUUGGAGAUGGUGCAGCUGACAAUACUCAGGCCUUCACUGAUGCAUGGAAACAAGCUUGUUCCACUCCAAAAUCAGUUUUCUUGGUCCCUGAAGGGCGUCGCUACUUGGUGAAUGCAACAAGAUUCAGAGGGCCUUGUGUAGACAAGAUUGUGAUCCAGAUCGAUGGGACCAUCGUUGCACCAGAUGAUCCAAAUAGCUGGGAUCCCAAUAAUCCAAGAACUUGGCUGGUUUUCAACAAUCUAACCAAGGUUUAUUUCCAAGGGAAAGGUGUCAUAGAUGGCUCAGGCACUAAAUGGUGGGCAGCUUCUUGCAAGAAGAACAAGUCCAAUCCUUGCAAGAGUGCACCAACGGCCCUCACAAUAGACUCAAGCUCAGCUGUGAGAGUGAAGGGAAUCACAGUUCAGAAUGGGCAGCAGAUGAAUUUUGUCAUCGGGCGUUCGGACUCUGUUCGUGUCAUAGAUGUCAAAGUAUCUGCCCCAGAGGACAGCCCCAAUACAGAUGGGAUACAUAUCACUGAAUCAACAAAUGUAGUUCUUCAAAACUGCAAAAUUGGGACAGGAGAUGAUUGCAUAUCAAUUGUCAAUGCUAGCUCCAACAUCAAGAUGAAGAACAUCUUUUGUGGACCUGGCCAUGGAAUUAGCAUUGGAAGCCUUGGCAAGGACAACACCACCGGUAUUGUUGAGAGCGUUGUCGUGGACAAGGCCUUCCUCCGAGGCACGACCAAUGGCCUCAGAAUCAAGACUUGGCAGGGAGGCUCCGGCUAUGUGCGUGCAGUGCGCUGCCAAGACGUCAGAAUGGAAGACGUUACCAACCCGAUCAUCAUAGACCAAUUCUACUGUGACUCGCCAAAGAGUUGCCAAAACCAGACGUCAGCAGUCAACGUAACCCAAAUAAUGUAUCGAAAUAUAACCGGGACAUCAAGAAGCCAAAAGGCCAUGAAGUUUGCUUGCAGUGACACAAUCCCUUGCACUCACAUCAUCCUCAACAACAUCAACUUGCAGAGGAGCGACGGCACUGUCGAGACCUACUGCAAUUCCGCAGCCGGAAUUGGGUAUGGCUACAUAAAUCCCUCAGCAGAAUGCCUCUCCUCUUCAGAUAAGGAUGCUAAUAUAGUUCAACCUAAUGCACAACACACAGUUCAUACAGAGCUUUGAAUCAAAUCAAAUACAUCUUAAUUAUAUUUUAUACUAUGUAGAACAAUAUAGUAUGAGCAAAGGUUUGGAAUGUGCCAUGAUUCUUGGAUUGUAUAAUGAAAAUAGAGUGUGAUACAUCUUAGAAUAGAUAGUAUGAAGCAUAUUUUGUAAGAUCAUCAAAGAUUGUAUACAUGUAAUGUUACAAUGCAUAACAUUGUACUCCAUUUUCAUGACUCUACAUUCUGCAAUACAAGUGCAAAUUCCUCAAUUUU